ACCAGUAUAAUAAGGCUCCUCUACACGUUGAACAUUUCAAUACUGAUCCUGUAUUCUAUAAGACAACAACUCUCCUUUGCAAGACAUUGCCCUUGGAUAAAUUGACAUCAUGGCAAAAGAUAAGAGCCUAAUGUUUGUUGUGCUAUAUUUAAUUCAUGUUUGGACGCUGGGUGUGGACUCGAUCACAUUCCCACUGGGCAUGACCCCUGAUUCCAUUGAUGACAAAUAUGACAAAUACAGUAGCUGCAGAGAUGUUAUGUAUGGGAAGGUUAACAGGGUUUACCUACCAGAUGAGAAAAAGGCUAAUCCUGAGUUCAACUCAUCUUGGAUGAAAGCAGAGGAAGAAUGGAAAAAGACCGUUCUAGACGAUUCUAAACUGACAAGAGAACAGUUCAUUGCCAUCUAUGUGUACACAAAUCCGAGUACUUCUAUCUUCUCCACCUUCAACACAAUUGUUAGAGAUGGGAGCGCACCAUUCAAGUACCACUCCCUGCACUUCUUUUUGACUGAUGCCAUUCGUACAUUGAACAAGGGGUGUGAGAACACCUACCGCAGAACCACCGUGGAUUUCAAUCCCAAACUAUUUUUUCGUUUUGGCACCUUCACCUCCAGCUCUCGUUCUCCUAAUAUAACAACCUAUGGGAAUGUAUCAUGCUUUAGUAUCAAAACAUGCUAUGGUGCAUAUCUGGAGCCCUACACUGCCACGAAAGAAGAGGAGGAGGUUUUAAUCCCCCCCUAUGAGGUAUUCAAGGUCACCAAUGUCCAGCAAAAUCCACCCAAGAACGAGCCAUUAGGUGACUGUAAAGUAGUCUACACAGUAGAGAGCAUCGGAGUUCAGAGCAACUUCAAUUGCAAAUUGCUUAACAAAGCUGGAUCAAACAGAUCAUCAAACAAAGGCUAUAUCAUGUUGUAUAUUAUGUUGAUAAUAUCUGUACAUUUCUGAUAACCAAAGUGCAAUAAUACAAUUAAAUAUAUAGAAAGGACAGCAGAUAGCAAAUUCCUAGUAUUUGGAAUGUUUGGCCAGUAAAGAUCAGAAAUGUGAAUCCCUUAGUUGACAUUUACAUUUGUAAAGAUCCUGUUAACCACAUGUCACCUGCAAUGUUUGCUUAGUUCAGGCUUUUUUAGUUGUUGUUUUAAUAAACAUGUUGAUGUAUCCAAGGAUUUGUAUCCAAGGAUUUGUUUUGUGUUGGCACAGCGACUGGCCUUCCCCGAUUGUAUCGCCUCUGUAAAGCUGUGAUGUAUGGUCAGCAACCGGAUUGAAUUUAAACAGUUAUCAGAUGGUUAUAAAAGCAAAACCAGGUCAUUAUUGUAUUCCCUUUGUUCCUGUGCUUGGAUGUGUUAACUAUACUCUCCUUCUUGGUCUUGCUCUCUCUCCCUCUCUCUCUCUGUCUUUCCCCUUUUCUCUCUCUCUCUCUCUCUACAGUAGACUUUGUGUUUACGGCCUUUUAGGCCAUGCAUAUGUUCUCUCCAUCCCUUUUUUAUUCAUGUUUGGAUAAAUGGUUUGUUCUUUAAAUAUUGUCUUGUAAUAAUCAUAUUCCCUUGUUUAAUGUUUACGUCUACAAUGUUAAGUGAAUCCAUUUGAAUUAUAAGACUUUUCUCAUAGUCCUCCUUGCCAUGCCUCGGGUUCAAUUGUUAUGUUGAUAAAGAUGUAACGUUGACGAAGGAAGUAGGACACACCCAGGGAGAAUGGAGGAAAAGUAAUACAUUAAACGGAACAGACAGGAAUAAAACAGAAUACUGGUUGAAAGAACUUAAAAAGGAACAAAAUAACAUUUGGAACGUUACAUUUGGGGUAAACCAGAAACCAAGACAUUGGGGAAGUAGGAACUUAAAUAGGGUUCAUGAUGAGGGAAAACAAUAAUGAAUGAAAACAGGUGUCUGUGAUGAAGUGAGGGAGAGAGGAUGUUGGAUUCACUGGUGCAGCUGGCUGCUGUACCAGAACGUGACAAAUUAAAUAUUGGCUUGUGAAUACGUUUUGAAGAAAAGAAAACUAGCUAAACCAAGCACAAUACAGUUCAUAGUAAUAGUUCAUUAAUAACGUCAAUAGACGUCUAAUUAAAGGCCUUUGCUGACAUCAGAUUUAACAGUUGAAAACUCCACAGUGUCCCUCUACUAGAGUGCAAAGAACCGUGGCACAAGGAUCUCUCCAAAACAUCAAGGCAGUGACUCGUUUCAAGGCAGUGACAUGUUUUUGACACCAUUCUACAUACUGUAGGCUUACUAGUAAAAUUAACAUGACGGGGUACUUCACAGUUACUCAGAGCAGAGUAGAUACGACUAUAUCAAUUACAGGAAGGAGCAGAGCGAAAAUUAAAAUUCUACCAACCUCUCUGCUUUUCUAGCAGGCCCCUCCACCAAGAAAAAUCAACAUGUGCCUAAAAGAGAUGUCUAAUUUUAUUCCCAAAAGUCUCUUUGUUCAAACUGCUUACAGGCCUAUAUAUGUAAUUCAGCAAUUGCUUAACCUGCCUGAAAUGCAAUGUAGAUGAGGUUUCCACCUGAUAUAUGUUCUUGUACUGGUGCAACAUGAAAGCUGAAUCACACCAAGCUACAUUGUUUUAAAUUACUUCAAAUAUUAUUUGAACCCGGUCUGUAUGAGAAUGCAACUUGUGACAACGUUGUCACUGAAGCAAUUACUGAAUAAGGAGAUUCACAUCAGAUGAGACUCUGGGAGUAAAAUAUAACAUCAAUGUUUUACAACGGCUGUCUG